CAGAUGAAUCGUUAAAGCUCAACCAGACAAUCGCUAUUCUCUCACAUCAUUAAUAAUUCCUGCAAUAAUUUUAGGUUAUUUAGUAAUGAGAGAAUUGUUGAAGGAAUAUAAGAAAAACUUUUUAUUUUUCAAUCUUCUUUUUAACGAGUUAUUCAUUUACUCUAUAAUAAAAAGGGUAAUUCCAGAUGCUGUCGCGCUAUUAAUUUUACGUUUUCUUUCUAUUAUAUUCUUCCCCAUCAUUGCCAUAUUCCAGAUCUUUUGCAAAAGAAAACCUGCUGUUUCUUCUGUUUUUGAAUAUAAUGAUUUACUUAUCAGCGAGAUCAAUCAAGAAACUAAUCCAAUAGGUAAUGAGCAAAUUGUCAACACACUUAGAAAAAUGAUUUCUAAUUGGUGUGUAAUCGAAAUCGAUUUCAACGAUCUUCACGAGCUAAGUAUUUCUUUAAAUAGAAUUAGUGAUUAUUUAUUUGGUGUUCCUGCGAUAGUUGUUGUGAGUGAGGCUAUCAAAAAAUUUGCAAAAAAAAACCCAACAGCCCUUCCAAAAACGUUUCUACAAAAGGCAAAAAAAUUUAAACAAAUAAUCACCAAGAACCAUAUUUUUAUCUAAGGUUUUAUUAUACAAGACACUAAUAUAGAUAUAGCAACAAAACUCACGAAAGCCACGUUUAGGGAGCUGAACAAUAAUUCAAGUCAGAUUUCU